AUGAUCGUACGAUUCGGAGCAUGUAUUUUGGUGUGGUGUAUCAGCAUUUUGUCUCUAGUAAGUCAACUGCAUUGCCUCCCACUACCAGGCCGUCUUAAUCCAGCCGAUGUGGAGGCCAAAAUCCGAGAUGACCAUGAGCUACUACAUACAGUGACCUACGUGGGAAACAACAAGGUAUAUGGCCUGUUAUCAAAUGAACAACCACGGAUGCGUGAAGCAAAGCUCGAAAAGGAAGAUUUCGAUUCCAGUGUGUUGACAAAGCUAGACUCUCUUCAAAAAAAGUUCGUCGACAAAGGAAAUGUUCCGGCACUUGUUGACCAAACACCACCGAAGGAUUACUUCGGUAACGACGUAAAGGACGAACCUCUGCGAAGAGGAGUCGUUGGCAUAGUAGAGCAGUUAUCCAACGUGUUUAAUGCAAUUAUUGAGAAAAUUCCGAAAGGUGCCGUCACCAAUCUGAACAAGAGCGUCCUUGACCGACUGAACCAAAUCGGAGCCGUACUGGUUGGGUUGGAAGAUGCGGAAAUCAAAUAA